CAUUAAAUGUCAAAGUCAUGCUUUUUUCGAAGGUUAUGUUUUGGUUAUUUUAUUAGUUGAAAAAAUAUUAGUAAAACUUCCUCCAAGGAGUUUUGAUUCUACUGCGCUGUGAUAAGUAAUGCCAAUAUCUGAAAAUCCUGACAUGGACCGGGUACCUGACAAUGGUUCCGAUUGCUAUUCAAAUGAUGAAAAUAACAUUAACGAUGAUGUAUCAGACUCUGGUCAAGGAAACUCGAAGAAAUCGAGGAAGCGUGGAAUCAUCUAUCUAUCAACAAUUCCUCCUUACAUGAAUGUAGCCAAGAUAAGGGAAAUAUUCAGUCAAUAUGGAGAUGUUGGGAGAAUUUACUUACAAUCAAGUUCUAAACCAGGCGAGAAAAGAAAGAUGCGAAAACCAAAUUUAUUUACAGAAGGCUGGGUAGAGUUUGAAAAAAAAAGUGUUGCAAAAUCAGUUGCAUCAAAUUUAAAUAACACAAAAAUCGGUACAAGAAAAAGGUCUCGUUAUUAUGACAUGAUAUGGAAUAUCAAGUAUAUUCCAAGAUUCAAAUGGAUACAUUUGAGUGAGCGACUAACAUACGAAAGGGCUGCAAUGAAACAACGGCUCCAAGCUGAAAUAUCUCAAGCUAAGAAAGAGGCACAUUAUUUGCAAACUAAUGUUGAGAAGAGUAAGAAAUUGAAAAAGAGAAAAAGCUUAGGAAGUGAAUGAGUUAUAAGUUCUAAUAUCAGGACUGUAAUUUUUUUUAGUUUGAAUAAAUGCUGUUUACAUUUUGGGA